ACUGGGAUCCGAGAGUUCCGUUUAAGUUGUUGCUCAUUUUUCAUUAGCCCCACCAGGGUGAAAACCUUAUAACUUAAAUAUCCUCCACACAAGAACAACAACUCUGAUGGAUUUAAAUUUUCCUCUCCAAAAGGACUGAUUUAGUGCUACAUGGUGGAUAUAAAUGAAGAGGUUUCUUUAUCCUCUUUUUAUUUUGUUAUUGACAUUUCAGACUUUAGAUCAGUUAGAAAAAAAGAAAGAGGUUCUGCUGCUUGGAUGUGUAGCCUUUAAUGAGGAUGGGAGCGUUGCUGCUUUUGGGGUUUCUUGCCAUUUCUUCAGUCUUUCUUUCUCCCUUUCCCUUGGGCCCGGGGUGUGGGAACUAUCCAAGGUACUAGGAUGAUGGCACCUUUGCUUUUCAAUGCAGGCCGAUUGCAGAAGCAGAGGAGAGAGAUUACUGCUUAUUUUCAGAAGAACAUGAUCAAAUGAGGUACCUUAGCCAGCCUGGUGAUUGCUUCGGGUCUUGUGAUCAUCUGUGUAGCAAAGUGGGUAAAAUCAUUCAGUUUCUUCCCUGCUGGACCUGGACGGAGAGGGGCUGUUCUCUCAUCCCCACCCAUUAGCUAUGCCCUCUUUUCUCCGAAUGUUGAUUUAAGGAAGCAAGCACCUGUCUUCUGCCACUGCAUCUUCCAAGCAAACUUUAAAGGGCAUUAUAUCUCAUAGAAAGAACAUUGAAAAUGCUCUGAUCUCUAGUGACGAAGAAUCUUGGAUUUGACACUUUUCCCAUCCAGAUAUAAUGCACUUUAACUGAAGAAAAACUGAACUGAACCUACAAGUAUAUUUCUUAUGGUGCUGGAUUACUCAUGCCGAACUGCCCCGAGACCUGCCUUGAGAGAGGGAUCUGACAGACCCAAGUCACCUCCUGACUAUUCCACUUAGCUCUCCCUGGGGACUUAAUUUUUGAGAACAUUCGUGUCAAUGAUACCUUCCAAGAUGAUGAGCGCUAAUCCUGAAGAAGACCCUUUGGACACUUUUCUGCAGUAUAUUGAGGAUAUGGGGAUGAAGGCAUAUGAUGGCCUGGUCAUUCAAAAUGCGUCUGACAUUGCUCGCGAGAAUGAUCGCUUGAGAAAUGAAACAAAUAUGGCUUACUUGAAGGAGAAGAAUGAGAAACGGCGAAGACAGGAAGAAACAAUCAAAUGCAUAGGGGGAGAAGUAGGCCGAAGCCAGGACGCCAGCUACGCGGGCAAGCAUUUCCGCAUGGGGUUCAUGACGAUGCCUGCACCUCAGGACCGACUCCCACAUCCCUGCUCCAGUGGAUUCACUGUGAGAUCUCAGUCCCUGCACUCUGUCGGGGGCACUGAGGACGAGAGCAGCUGUGGAUCCCGGAGACAGCCGCCUCCGAAGCCCAAGCGAGACCCCAGCACCAAGCUUAGCACCUCCUCGGAGACAGUCAACAGCACUGCAGCGAGUAAGAGCGGGAGACCUCUGGAGAGGGCAGAAGGUAAACUCUCCAUGCCAACUUCCCACUCAUCUCCAAGGGCUUCAGCUUCUGGGCACCUGUCUCCUUCCCCUGGGUCCCAGGAAAGGAACAACAAGGGUAGGACGCAUUAUGUGUCUGCCAAGCCAAGACCCCACAGUGACGAAUAUUCAAAGAAAAUCCCCCCUCCGAAACCGAAACGGAAUCCCAACACUCAACUUAGUACAUCUUUCGAUGAAACUUAUAUCAAAAAGCAUGUGCCAAGGAGGACGUCGCUCCCUCGAGAUUCAUCCCUGUCCCAGGUGUGCAGCCCCGCUGCGGACCCGGAAGAAGAGGAGCCUGUGUACAUCGAGAUGGUGGGGAACAUCCUCAGAGACUUCAGGAAGGAAGAUGAUGACCAGAGCGAGGCUGUGUACGAGGAGAUGAAAUACCCCAUUUUUGACGACCUGGGCCAUGAUUCCAAAUGUGACUUUGAUCAUCACAGUUGUUCUUCGCAGUGUGCUACGCCCACGGUGCCUGACCUGGACUUCGUCAAGUCUUCAGGACCAUGUACUCCUAAGGGGCUUUGCGAGAUACCCCCGCCCUUCCCCAACUUGCUUUCUCAUAGACCGCCCCUGCUGGUGUUCCCACCAGCCCCCGUCCACUGCUCUCCCAAUUCUGAUGAGUCUCCACUGACCCCUCUGGAGGUCACAAAGCUUCCUGUGUUGGAAAAUGUGUCUUAUAUGAAGCAGCCACCUGGAGUGUGUCCAUCCUCACUGCCAUCACAUAGCUCCAGCCAUGCUAAAGACCAGAGUGGCGCCUUGGGCCCUGCUCCUACAGCGUCCGUGCUCUCCUCAUCCCCUCCGCCGCCAUCCACUUUGUACAGGACCCAGUCUCCCCACGGCUAUCCAAAAAGUCAUUCCACUUCCCCGUCCCCCGUCAGCAUGGGGAGGUCCCUGACACCCCUGAGCCUCAAGAGGCCUCCCCCCUAUGACGCUGUGCAUUCCAGCAGCCUCUCAAGGAGUUCUCCCUCAGUGCCUCACUCAACCCCCAGACCCGUGUCGCAAGAUGGGGCCAAGAUGGUCAACGCUGCCGUGAACACCUACAGUGCUGUGCAGAGCGGCUCCAGGUCCAGGACUCCCACCAGUCCUUUGGAGGAGCUCACCAGCCUUUUUACCUCAGGGCGGAGCCUGCUUCGGAAGUCAUCCAGCGGCCGAAGGUCCAAAGAGCCUGCAGAAAAAUCCACGGAGGAGCUAAAAGUUCGAAGCCACAGCACGGAGCCAUUACCAAAGUUGGACAGCAAAGAUCGAGGUCAUCAUGGAGCGUCUUCCUCCAGAGAGCCAGUGAAGGCUCAAGAAUGGGAUGGAACACCGGGUCCGCCUGUGACCACCAGCAGAAUGGGUAGAUGCUCUGUGAGCCCCACCUUGUUGGCCGGAAACCACAGUUCAGAACCUAAAGUGAGCUGCAAGCUAGGCCGGUCUGCGUCUACAUCAGGAGUUCCUCCUCCUUCAGUUACUCCUCUCAGGCAAGCCAGUGACCUACAACAGAGCCAGGUGGCAUGCAUGCAGUGGUUUCAUGGAGACCAUACAAUGCUUGAGAUGAUUGAGAAAAAGCGUUGCUUGUGCAAAGAAAUAAAGGCUAGACAGAAAACGGAAAAGGGCCUUUGCAAACAGGAUAGCAUGCCAAUCCUACCCAGCUGGAAGAAGAAUGCGGGAGCCAAGAAGUACAGCCCUCCACCGUAUUCCAAACAGCCAACGGUAUUCUGGGAUACUGCCAUAUGAGUGUGUACCGGCAUGAGCUCCAUCACUUAACAGAAGAGAGGUCGACCUUGGUCUUGUGAUGAUUGUUACAUAUAUUCUUUGUUGAUUCGGAUACCACAGGAAGCUGUGUGUACUGUGGCAAGCACAAGAUAAAAUGUAUUGGUCCUUGCAGUUAAGACACACUUACUUAUCCCGGAUUCUUUUGAAUCCAGAAUAUAUUAAAUUGUAAAUAUUUUGCUAGUAUAUGGGUGACACCUGAAAUAAUAUUCAUUAUACAUAUUUAAGUUGCAGAAGUAUCAGAAAAGUUUACUAGAUGAUAUAAUUUGGUAUGAACUGGUUUGUUAUCUCUUUUAUAAGUAACCCCUGGAUGCCUUUUCUUAUUGAUUUUUGCAUUUAAAAUGUCUUCAUCCUUCUGCCCACAUUUGGCUCCUAUAGAAGAACUCACAGGUACAAGUCCUAUUCAAACACAUAACAUGUGAUUUGGUGCUAGCCAAUGCAUAAGGUGAACAUCGCAUUUGUAAAGCUUCUCUGCUUUCUGCAUUCGUAAGGGCUUGACUGGAAACUGAAUGGAAGUAUAACAUCAGUCUGAAUGUGCCCAUUACACUGACACUGACAGUCUUUACUAAAGUGACAUCAUAAGGAUUUCUUUCAUAUCCUGGCAAUACACUUAGCAUUAGCUAGACUACACAGAAAGGUAGGAGGAUAUAUUGGGACAUUUCAGCAGCAAACUUUCCUUCAGAAACGACUUUUAGAAAUGUAUGUCCUUGCAGCAUUAAUCUGAUUGGAGGAGACCAGGGUUCACUGUGACAUUGGAAAUGACAAAUAAUUAAAACCUUAAGAGCACAGCUGUUUUCAAGAAAGUGGAAGCAGAGACAUAGACAUGAUAUUUUUAAGUAACAUUCCACAGGCACGAUUUUCUACAAGAAACAGAGAGGUAAACAUUCAACCAUACCAAUUUGCAUAUUUUAGUAUACUCCAUCAUACCAAUUUGCAUAUUUUAGUAUACUCCAUGCCAACCUUCUUCAAAAAAAUAAGUACAUUCAUGAAAAAAGUAUUUCUUGCCAAUCUUUUUAAGCUGGUUAUUAUAUUUUGGGUCAUAAUCUUCUGUGUAUAACUACUGUACCUGUUCUUACUGAUUAUGAUACCAUGACCAAAGAAUUAUGACCACUUUGUUAAUUUACUUUGAUUUAAGAGAGAGACAGGAAACACAGGGGAUAAAGGAUAAGUUGGAGUCAACUUUAUGUGGUGGUAAAAUUUAAGUUAAGAAACUUAAUUUAAUAAAAAUGGUAUAUAUCUUUUAAAAGUAACUUGUUAGUUGAAGAUAAAUAUUGCCACGGAUAAAGAAGAAUGAAACUAUCACAUAUAUUUUGUAUAUUUAAAUUACUAUUUAUGCUUCCUAAAAUUGACAGUAUGUGGUUCUUCAGUAACAAUCAAUUUAGUAUUAUAUUUCUGAGAGGAAAAAGUGUGUUUGAAGUUAUCAUAGCAGUUUUUCUUGUAAGGGUUUUGACAGCAAUAGCUCCAUGCUGCUCAAUAAAACCAAAUAUAACAGAAGUUAAGGAAUUUUUGUAAUCUAUAUUGAUAAAAAUAUCUAGCAAUCCUUUAUCAGUAAUAGUUCCUUGAAGAGAGUUUGAAAUGUUAAAACAUAAUUUUUUAAUAUUUUAUAAUUAAUGUAUAUUUUGAUGUCCAAUUAUAAUUCUGAAAGAAUAAGAAAAACGGUAAGUGGGAGCAUGUGUUGUGUGUGUGUGUGUGUGAGUGUGUGUGUAUGUGAACAAUCAGUGGGAGAACUGUAUAUAUAAAAUGCUUACUGAAGUAGUAAGUUCUGCUUGUACAAGUAAGAAGUUGACAAAGACAGAAUAACAAAUAUAGGAAACCACAGAGAGAACUUAAGUGGCUUAAAUGAAUAGGGUUGCUGUGCUUCAUCAGCUAUAUAGAUUUGUACUUCAAGCCUAACAGCCAAUACAGCGCAGAUCUAAGAGUGAUGGAAAUGGUUUAAGUUAAAAUUAUAAUUGAAAUCAAAUGUGUUUAUGACCCAAGUUGUUAUCUGGAUUUGAGUUACUGUGACCUCAUCUAUUCAAGCCAAUCGAAUGCAAGGUAUCAUUUGACAGCAUCUCUAUGAUCUUAGUGCUCGUGUUUUCUAGCUUUUGUGGUAAAGCUAGAAUGAGCCCUCUCUUGACAUUUAAGUGUAGGCAACAUAUUCCUAGGUGUGUUUGUCACAUGCUGAUCUUAAGCAUAUCACUCUGAAUUAGAUGGAAGAUAAUUGUUAAUGUUGGUCCCCUGUGCAUAAAGAAACAGAGGUAUUAACAUGAUUUAUGUUGGAUCAGCCAUUCAUGUGUGUUCUGUCAAGCUCAUAACACACUCCUUUCACAAAUGUGUUAUUUUUCAGAGGAGUUGGAUUUUUUGACAAUUUGAACUUAGACAACCAUUUCCACAUAUUUCUCUAAGACUCUCUCUACACGAGAAAGAGCUGAAAUAUUUGGGGAAAUGGCUUCACUUGGAUUUGACUCCAGAUCUGUUACUUGGUGCCUAUAUAAUAUCUAAUUGCCACAGUGGACAAUUAGAUAUUCUAUAGUCAAGUCCCUCUUUGUACAGAGUUUCUCUUUGUUGUGAGACAAGAGUCAUUAUUACAUAGACAAAAAUCAUACUGACUCUCUGGUGGAAAUAAAUCAGGGCACUUCACCGUAUGAAUCUGGUCGGAAGAUAACCUGCAGCCAGCACAUGAUGACAUGAUAAAGCUCAUAUUUCUAGCAGUGCCAAAGAACAAAUCAUAUAAAGCAUGGUUAUCAGGCCAAGAGAACUCAUGACAAAUAGUCUCUUCACAGCAAAUGUUGUAGAAACAGAAUGUUAUUGGCUGUCAGUAAGACGCUUUUAUGUGUGAGAUACUUCCUCGUAGAGAAGUCACAAAUUUCCUUCAAAAUGAUGGAAGAAAAGAGUAAAAUACUGUGUUUUCCUCAUCACAGAAGCCAGUGCUACGUGAGAAAUCACACUUUACAGAGACACUGCCAAUAUCUCCCUCUGUACGCUAUUGAAGCAAGUUUGAGAUAAAAAGUGAUGUAUUUGUGCAAGUAGGGGUAAAUUUUCAACCACAUAAUAACUGAGAAAUAAAAGCAAAUAUCAAGAGCUUAAAAUGUGUUACUUUAAAAUGUGUUAUUUAAAGCAUACCACUUUGAAUACAAAAUAAUUCUUUGGACAGAAGAUCACCUUUCAAAAUAGUUGCAGUUUUGAACUGCUAACAAGAGGCAAGAUCCUAUUUGAAUGCUCUUAGAAAAUAUAGAUACAGACUUAGGAGUAGUCUUGUCUGCACACAGAAUUUGGUUUGAUUCUUUUUUGAACACAUUAAAUAGAAAGUGAAGACACAUGAACAGCCCCAGCUAGUUACUGUUUUAAUAAAGACACAAGAGCAAUGCACCUACAUAUACAAUUUUUAUGUCACUUACAUGUUAAACUCAGUCAGAUUUCCAAUGUAGAUCUGGUGAAUUGAUCAUGAUUCCAGUUGAACUUCAGGCAAAUAUCCCUACAGUUUAUAGAGUAAGAAAUUUGGUGUGAGUUAUAAGUCUCACAUGAAAGGGAAUGUAGAUAAGAUAGACUAUCAUAUCCCCAUGCAUUGUAUUCUAAAGUUAAAAGCAAUCAAAAGAGAAAUGAUACAUUCAGUGCAUAGGGAUACUUAAAGCAUGCUCCAGACUUGGAAUAAUAACUAGCGAAUUGCACAAUGUGGAUAAUUUGACAGCAAUCCAUUGUUUUUUAUAAUUGUGUUGUAUAAUUUAAAUAUACAGUUUCAAAAGUAUUUAGAAUUUAACAUUGAAAUAGAUGUGGUCUUUACAAUUAAGGACCUCAAUUAUGCAAUCAUUAAUAUUUUCAAAAGAAAAAAAAACCCACUUGUUUUCAAUAGAAUACACAACUUCACGUGUUUGGCAGUUUUUAAGUGCUUUUAUGCAACAUACUUGUUGUGUUCUGAUCAAGUGUACAGUCAAAAUAAAAGAUGAGAAUAUACUAAAUUUAUGUCUAUAGCAUACGUGUGUGUGUAAGCUCCUCCCUGUACAUUACAAGAUGUACUGCUGUGUAAAUCAGUAAAGGAUAACACUGUUUAUCAAGUUAAAUGUAAACAUUGUGGCUUGGGGUUUGGAAGGUUUAAAGCCCUCUCAUAUUUGGGUCAAUUUUAUUGAAGCAAAAUGUGUAAAACCUGGAAACAUGUGUCAUUGCAUUUUCUUUAAUUGUUAUGAAGCUUCAGAUUUAAGGGAAAAAAAUAAAAUAUGGCUGAAUUUAUCUCAAGUAAAAAUAUAUGAAUAAUCCUUCAAAGUAUUCACUUGUUCCCAAAUAUAACUGGGUUUGCCCGCCCUAAAAGCAUUUAUAUUUAACCAUGUACACACUCAGAUACAGAAUACAUACUGUAUAUAAUAUAUAUGACAAUGUUUAGUAUGCACUUCUUUAGUUUGGGCUUAGCAUUUAGAGUGUAGCAAUGUGUGUCAAGUGCACUGUGAUUAGAAAGAGAGUCAAAGCACAGUACAGUCACACUUUGGUCAUCUUGCACUAAAAGCGUGUUUACGUAUUUAGCAAUUGUAUGUUUACCUUCUCGACUUUUCAAACAUUUGAAACAAAUAGCUAUAAAGAUGAUAUAAACUAAUCUGUUUUUUAGUGGGUAAUGACACUACAUUUUUAAAAGACAGGGUUUUUAACUAAAACCAUUUAACAUCCAUUCCAACAUUAAUAUGUUUACCAUAUCUAAAAAUCUGAAUGUCAUGUUGCAUUUUCAUAACUCAUUAGCAAUGUCAGGUAUGUGCCUGAAUAUUUGUGCAAAUAAGCAUUAGAUAACAGAUUUCUCUAUUCAUGUAUUCCUAGGCAUUUCUAUAUACAUAAUAAUAUAAACACUGAUGUUUUAAUGUCUCUUGAUUUUUGUACCUGAUUUUUUUAGGUAAUAUGUAAUUAUAUAUGUACUUUGAUACCACUGAAGUAACCAGAUGUUGUUUGAAAACGAAUUGAUUUCUCUAGUGCAUUGACAAUAUUUUAUGAUAUUUUGUGCUUAUUUAUUUGUGCUCCCGUGUAAUUAUAAUAAAAGCAAUAGUUUAAAUUA